AUGUACGGCAAGAUGCUAAAAGCUCUCUCCUACUACAACAAAAACAACAACAUCGAUGAUGACGUCAUCGUGAACGGUCACGAUGACGACUACAUAAAUAGUGAGCGCUACAUAAACAAGGACGUCAUCAGUGACGUCAUCGCCCAGCAACACCAGCAGAAUGGUUCGCUACGGCAGCAGCAGCCACAACAUGACCAAAAAAAUGAGAAACCGUUGCUGUUUAAGAAGGAUGGAAAGAAUGGAAAUGAAAAGGAAAAAAAUGAAGACAAAAAUUCUCUUUUCCAAAAUUUGGAAAGACCAGCCGAUGAUUUGAUGGAUUUUUGA